CCCAGCCUUCUCCCUCCUCGACCCGACGCCUCUCAAUCUCCCUCCCAGAACAUCACUCACAAUGAGCUUGACCUGCGAGACCUGUAGGACACAGGCCCGGACCGUCCUCCGGGCUGCAAUCCUCGCCGGCGCAUCACGGGCUGCCACUGCCCCGAGGACGAAUUUUAUAACCCCCGCGAGGGCGCCCAUGUCGAUCCCCGUGAGGCAGUUUAGCAAGACGAGCGAGAGGAGCCUCCUCAAGGGCCUCGGGAGUGCCAUGGCUGAGCCUUAUCGCGUGUUGGGUGCUACGGAGCAGUUGUUCAAGGCGUCUUCAAAGGCUGCCGACUACCACAUCACCGAGAAGGAGCGGAAGAAUGAUCAGGUGCAGCUUGCGGAGGAUGGUGAAGAGAUUGGUCACUCUCUGAACCCAGAUAGCGUAUGGCAUCACACCUUCAAACUCCCUCCUACAUUCAGCACCUGGUCCCACGUCACCAUGCUUCACCUCUACCUCAUCAACGCCCGGAUACGCUGCUUCGAGCGCGAGCCCUUCCAUAACUGGCAGCACCAGCUGACGGAUCAUUUCUUUUUCGAGUGCGAGAAGAAGAUGCACAUCGAUCAUCACAUUACGUCGAGCGCCCUGCGGCAGCGCUACCUCAAGGAUAUUUUUGUGCAGUGGCGGGGUCUGCUGCUGGCGUAUGAUGAGGGGUUGAUCAAGGGCGAUGCCAUGCUGGCGAGUGCUGUCUGGAGAAACCUGUUCAAGGGAUCUCCCGACGCUGACCCUCGUGCUCUGCUUGCUAUCGUGGGCUGGAUGCGAUCGACGUUGCUACAGUUUGAGGCUGUCAGUGAUAACAUGCUCGCUACACAACUUCCCCAGAUUCUCAACAAGCCCGUCGACGUCUUUUGGACAAGACUGGAGAAGCAGCUAAGCGGACAGCAAGACGACGUCACCCCGACGAGGGAGCCGGUGAAGCAUGAGGCAGAGGUUGUGCCGCCAGAGGGAGCGGCCAAGGUCUCUGCGACUUGAGAGGAUGAUGCUAUGUAUUAUCAGAUGUUUAUGAACUAUGCAAAAAAUUAGAACCGGGAUGGGUUGUUAAAAAAGGGGUGUAUGAAUAGGUAGGGCAUGGGGAGUGACGGGUUUGUGGCAUCUUUGAUUGUUGUACCUAUGUAUAUACGAAGAUAAUGCAUGGAUGAUAUCCCAUCUCAUUUGGAUU